AUGCCUGAUCAACCAAGAGACAAGGGCAAGCGAGGCCGCGGUGGCCCUGUGUCCCGCGAUGUGCAGAUUUCCAAGGCGAUGAGCUUGCUCUUGCGACAUGCUGCCGAGAAGGAGGGACUGAAGAUGAAUGACCAGGGAUAUGCAAAUGUAGCAGAUGUGCUACAAUGGAGAAAGCUCAAGUCCAUCAAAGUCACCUUCGACGAGGUCCGGCACGCCGUGGGCUCUUCGGACAAGAAACGCUUUGCUCUCCUGCACAUUCCCUCAGCCCAGCCAACCGAAACAACGACAGCGGCCACGACCGUCCCCACUACGAGGCCGGCAUCAGAACACGAGGCCGCGCAGCCCGCGGCUGAGGAUGAUGGUCAGCCUUCUUCCCCUGCGAUACUCCAGGCCCCCGUCUCAACCGAAGAGCAGCAAAAUGCAACAGAGCAAGCUCUAUCCGUCACAGACGCCGAUCCCUCCAAUUUCCUCAUUCGCGCAACUCAAGGGCACAGUAUCAAAAGUGUGGAUGCGGCAUCCUUCCUCGAGCCAUUAUCACUGGAUGAUGCAUCCAAACUUCCAGAAACUGUCGUCCACGGCACAUUCCAUGGCGCAUGGCCCGCUAUUUUGCAGUCGGGCGGCCUUCAAUGCAUGGGUCGUAAUCAUGUUCACUUUGCAACGGGACCAUCCUUGGAGUCUGUUCUCGGGACGCAGCCGGAUGUAGCUGUACAAGGGAAAGGCGAAAAGAAGGUCAUUUCGGGCAUGCGAUGGGACGCCCAGGUACUCAUCUAUAUUGACCUUCGCAAGGCUCUCGCAGCUGGAUGUCCUUUCUGGCGCAGUGAGAAUAACGUCAUUUUGAGUGAAGGUCUUCCCAUCCGGGGUGACCGUGAGGGUCCUGAUGGGCAACCGAAGAGGGUUGUGUCGGUCGACUUUUUUGAAGUGGUGGUUGAACGCAAGGCUGGACUUGGGAAGAUCUGGGAGCGAGGAGAGACUCUACAGGAGUUACCAGCGCAUCUCGCUAAAAAGGGAAACCCCAAGGGCAAGCGGUGA